CGCCUCCCUCCUGGGUCCUUGCCCUGCGCGCGGUUGCUGUGGCAGCGCAGGACGCGGCUAGAGCUGGGGCUGCCGCGCCCUCCACCUCCUCCUCCAAAGGCCUCCCCGUACCCCUGGCUCGGGCCCAGCCUGCGGCUCUGCCAUGCCCUGGAGGAGGCGCAGGAACCGGGUGAGUGCCCUGGAGGGCGGCCGGGAGGAAGAGGCGCCCCCGGAGGCUGCCGCUGUGCCUUCGGCGCUGUUAACGUCCCCGCAGCAGACGGAGGCGGCGGCCGAGCGGAUUCUGCUCCGGGGCAUCUUCGAGAUCGGGAGGGACAGCUGUGACGUGGUACUGAGCGAGCGGGCACUGCGGUGGCGGCCCAUUCAGCCAGAGCGCCCGGCGGGUGAUUCUCAGUAUGACUUGCUAUGUAAAGAAGAAUUUAUUGAACUCAAAGACAUAUUCUCUGUGAAACUGAAACGGCGUUGGUCUGUUAAACAGCAGAGAAGUGGUACUUUAUUAGGUAUCACACUCUUCAUCUGCUUGAAAAAGGAACAAAAUAAACUAAAGAAUUCUACACUUGAUCUUAUUAAUUUAAGUGAAGACCACUGUGACAUAUGGUUUAGGCAGUUCAAGAAAAUAUUGGCAGGCUUUCCAAACAGACCGAAGUCAUUAAAAAUACUCCUUAACCCCCAAAGUCACAAAAAAGAAGCUACCCAGGUUUAUUAUCAGAAGGUUGAACCUCUGUUGAAGCUUGCAGGAAUAAAAACUGAUGUAACAGUAAUGGAGUAUGAAGGGCACGCUCUGUCACUGCUUAAGGAAUGUGAACUCCAGGGAUUUGAUGGUGUUGUCUGUGUUGGUGGAGAUGGAUCUGCUAGCGAAGUAGCCCAUGCUUUGCUUCUGAGAGCCCAGAAGAAUGCUGGGAUGGAAACAGACCGAAUCCUGAUUCCUGUCAGAGCACAGCUUCCACUUGGCUUAAUACCAGCAGGAUCUACCAAUGUACUGGCACAUUCUCUUCAUGGAGUUCCUCAUGUGAUAACUGCAACGUUGCACAUUAUAAUGGGGCACGUAGAGCUGGUCGAUGUCUGCACCUUCAGCACCGCUGGCAAGCUUCUUCGCUUUGGGUUCUCAGCCAUGUUUGGCUUUGGUGGAAGAACUUUGGCUCUGGCAGAAAAAUAUCGAUGGAUGUCCCCUAACCAACGGAGAGAUUUUGCUGUUGUUAAGGCACUGGCAAAACUUAAGGCAGAAGACUGUGAAAUAUCAUUUUUACCAUUUAACAGCUCUGAUGAUGUGCAAGAAAGGAGGGCACAGGGAUCUCCCAAAUCUGACUGUAAUGAUCAAUGGCAAAUGAUCCAGGGUCAGUUCUUGAAUGUCAGCAUUAUGGCAAUUCCUUGCCUGUGUUCAGUGGCACCUAGAGGCUUGGCACCUAAUACCAGAUUAAAUAAUGGAAGUAUGGCUCUUAUAAUUGCCCGAAACACUUCUCGGCCAGAAUUUAUAAAACACCUGAAAAGAUAUGCCAGUGUAAAAAAUCAGUUCAAUUUUCCAUUUGUUGAGACUUACACUGUUGAGGAAGUAAAAGUUCAUCCAAGGAAUAAUACUGGUGUAUAUGAUCCAGAGGAGGAAGAGGAUGAAACUGCUUCAGAAAAUUGUUUCCCUUGGAAUGUAGAUGGUGAUUUAAUGGAAGUUGCAUCAGAGGUCCAUAUUAGAUUGCAUCCAAGACUUAUCAGUCUUUAUGGAGGAAGCAUGGAAGAAAUAAAUGAUUCCAAAGUAACAAGGGAAACAAUAUAACACCAUAUUCUCUCUGAAUCCGGAAUUUAAGUAGGAUUUUAAAAUCAGACCUCAAACGUAUUUAGAUUUGUUGACUUCUGUCUUCAACCUGGCAAGCUCAAAACGAUUCUGAUGGAACCAUCAAUGAAAGAAUAUUGGUUCUUAAGAAGUGGUUUGAAUAGUGCUUCCUUCAAAAAAGGCUAUAAUCCUCAUAUUUGCACAGUAGUUUCAAGUGCUAUGAAGAAGUCUACCAAUCAAGUUACUUCUGUAGGUCCAUAUCACACAAAAAUGUAUCUUAAAAUAAUUAUUCAAUGGAGAUGGUAGAAUAUGGUUCUGUUAUUUAAAUCGAAUGUAAAAGUUGCACUGUAAAUCUAUAGCUGUAAUGAAAUAUAUAAUAUUCAAAGCAUAACUCAAUAAAUGCAUGGUGAAUUCAUAGCUUACA